UCUCGUGACGCAACUUCCUGACUUGUAGUUUUGCGGGAACUUCGGUCCACAAACAUUCUAGCCGGCAUUCAAGUACAAAACAACAAAGUAACGAUGCCUCCUAAAGCCAAAGCGGCAGGGAGGGGCAGAGCUCCUGCCAAGAGGAAGCUGGCGGAGGAGUUUCCACCUGGAGAAGUCCUGACAGACACCGGAAAGAAGUCCUGGAAGUUGGGCGCUCCGAUCGGCCAGGGGGGCUUUGGACUCAUUUACCUGGCUGAUCAGAAUUCAGAAAAACCUGUUGGUGCUGAUGCCCCGUAUGUCAUCAAAGUGGAGCCCAGCGACAACGGACCGCUGUUCUCUGAGCUGCAUUUUUACAUGAGGGCUGCCAAACCUGAUCUGAUCCAGGCCUGGAUGAAGUCUCACAAGCUGAAACACCUGGGAGUUCCCCGGUACUGGGGCUCUGGGCUGCACGAUAAAGGAGGCAAAAGGUACCGCUUCAUGGUCAUUGACAGACUUGGCACAGACCUACAGAAGAAGUUCGAGGAAUGUGGAAGGAGAUUCUCCAGAAAACUGGUCCUACAGCUUGGUCUACGGCUGCUGGACAUCCUGGAGUUCAUCCAUGAACACGAGUACGUGCACGCUGACAUCAAGGCUUCGAACCUCAUGUUGAGCCACAACGACCCAGACCAGGUUUACCUGGUGGAUUAUGGGUUGGCGUACAGGUACGCACCUGACGGAGUCCUCAAAGAGUACAAGGAAGACCCAAAGAAAUGUCACGACGGCACCAUCGAGUUCACGAGUAUCGACGCCCACAAAGGAGUAUCUGCUUGCAGGCGGAGCGACCUGGAGAUCCUGAGUUACUGCAUGGUUCAGUGGCUGUGUGGUCGACUUCCCUGGGAGGACCGGCUGCAGGAUCCCCAGUACGUCCGAGACUCCAAGAUCAGGAGUCAAGAAAACAUCUCAGAGUUUAUGUCCAAGUGUUUCUCCUCUCAGGACAAACCAGAGGAGAUGCAGAGGUUCAUGGAGGAAGUGAGAUCUCUGGGCUACAAAGACAAGCCAGCGUACGAGAAGCUGCGCUCCAUCCUCCAGGACGGGCUGAAGGCCAUCAAGGCCAAAGAUGACGGCAGGCUGCAGUUUCCAGCCACCAACGGAGCGGGUUCACCUCCUGUUCAGAAGAGCACCAAGAGGAAGAAAGCAGCAGACAAAGCGGAGGACAGCGAGACGGAUUUAAGUCCCGUCAAGAAGAGACGAGUGCCUAAGAAUAAAGAGGUCAACGGGAAGAAAAGUCCCAAAGCCGCCGCUGGACGCAGGAAGACCCCCAUCACUGGAGCAAAGGCAGACCCCACAUCCAGACUGGUGGAGAUGGGCACCCAGACGUCGCCCGGACUCGCCCAGAGAGGCAGAAAGAGAACCAGAACAUGAACAUCCUCCUCCACCUUCCUCCAUCCGUAACAACUUCCUCCCCCCAACACAGAAACAUUUUUUACUUCCACCCUCCUCCAUCCUGCUUCCUAACCAAUCACUGAAGUUUUAGGUGUUAAUCUGCGCUCAUGGUGAUGUGUGUGUGUUGCGUGAGGACAGAGCUGCAGAAAUAAAGAUUAAAGUCAAUGUUUGAAGGUCA